GUGAUGUAGAUGCGCAAAUUAUUCUUAAGGGUAGCUAGCGAGACCGUUUAGCUGAAGCGCUCAUGGCGUGGCACCGGUUGGGAAACGGCAGGAACAGUCUUAUCGAUUUUUACUUGCUUUUCUUUUCUUUUUUUUAAAGUCAGUUAACGUGAUUGUGGCAGAAUGUGAGGUUAAGAAAGGCCACGCUUUACAAACAAGAGGCUAUAACUGUAGCCUCACCGCUAACGUUAGUUUAUUUGCCUUAAUCUUACCUUUGCUAUCAUGACAACAAGACUUUUAAUGCCCCGAUCAUGCACUCAAUAUGUUAAACUAUUUUACAAACUGUUUACACAGACACAAGGGCACAGAUACCUCUCAAAUGUUUACCCGCCUGCCGAGCGCAUCAGGAAGUUUAUUACAGAAAACACGGAGCUCACAGGAGAGCAGAGCCUGACUCCAGAGAUCAGGCUGAGAUUAUUCACCCCCAGCUGCAGAUUCUGGCGAGAAAGACCGGAACUGUGGCCCUUUGAUGACCCCUACUGGGCCAUAUACUGGCCAGGGGGGCAGGCGCUGUCGAGGUAUGUCCUGGAUAACCCUGAGGUCUGCCGGGGUCAAACAGUCCUGGAUCUGGGGAGCGGCUGUGGAGCCUCGGCCAUUGCUGCAAAACUGUGUGGUGCUGCUCACAUAGUGGCUAAUGACAUUGAUACUGUUGCAGCCGUUGCGACCCAAAUGAACUUUGAGCUGAACGGCCUGGAGCCGCCCGCUUGUCUGACCGAAAACAUGAUUGGUUCAGAGCCCGAGGCCUUCAAUCUAAUCCUCCUGGGUGACAUGUUCUAUGAUGAAGCCCUCGCCACUGACCUUCACAACUGGUUGGACAGCUGUAUCAGAGCACAUGGCACCAAAGUCCUUAUCGGAGAUCCAGGCCGAGCCCAAUUUGAGAGUCACCGCAUCCGACGACUGCUGCAUCAGCUGGCCCAGUUUGAGCUGCCCGAGUCUGUCAGAGAGGAGAAUUAUGGUCUAACCUGCAGCAGUGUUUGGUGCUACUGUCCUGAACUGUAACAAAGAGGAGAACUUGUGCUGCAUUGAUCUGUGCCUAAAUAUUGUGUCACAAUACCCACCUGAAUGAGAAUAUGUAAAUAUGUUGUGUGACUGCUUUGGAAUUACUUUUUACUCUGGGUCAUGUUUCGAUCAAAAAUAAAAAAUAGAAAAGUGUUCAUGUAAUAUGUGGACAGGACAGAAAUACAGGCCAAACAUUA